AUGGGCAUUUUCGCACUCCGUGGGCUUUUCAUUUUCAGUAGUUUGAUCGAUCCGGGAUUAUUGUAUGGGGAGCUUGCUAGAGUUGUGUUGAGACUACUGGGAAUCAUAAUGAAACCCAAGGAAGUUCAUCUUCUUGGUGGUAAAGGGCUUAUGAUAGUGUCUGGGAACGAAACCCAAAAUUACAUUAAGGGACCCAAUUCUGCUUCAAGGGAUGCUUGGGAUAGUGUCUGGGGAAAUAAUUUUCAGUAUUACCAAGUGAUUACAUAUUAUGGAACUGAUUCAGCAUCGUUGGUAGUGGCAAUAGCAAUGAUAACCACCCGAGUUUCCCUUGAUACAAGAACCAGUGUAAGCUCCUUUGUAUUGCUUACAGUAUGA